AUGAGUCAGCAAUCAUAAGUUUCUAACAAAAAUAAUUUUAGAAGGAGAACAAUAAAUAGCUAAUAACUCGAAUUUUAGUCUCCUGAAAAAGAAUCGAAUGCCAAUGAUUAACCUAAAUUAUCUUAGGAUUCAAUAUGUGAGUAAUAAGAAUAAUAGAUAUCAGUAAACUUAUCCAUUGACAAUUCUUUGCAGAGCAAUUCAUAAAAAGAUGAUUAAGGGAUAAUAACACCUAAAAAAGAUAAAAUUUUAGUUCAGUCUUUUACUGACGCAUUGAUACAGCAAAACAACUAGUAAAAUAAUAAAUAGUUAAUAUCAAAGAAUUUUCUUUCUCCUACUUCAUCAUAAUCUAGCAAUAAAUCAAGGAGUUCUUUAUCAUCACCAAUAUAAAUUAGAAUAAAUCCUAAUUAAUACUAAAUAUCUAACAAUACUGCUCGUCGCAGUUUAAAUUAUGAAAUUAGCUAAAUUUAAGAAAAGAGGCUAGAGGAUGAAAAAACAGCCAUAUCUUAUGCUGAAAAAGUUUUAUAAAGUAGAAACUUUUUAAGCCAAUAAAAGAGCAAGCAAGAAAAUUAAAGAUAUUCUUUGUUUGUAACAACAGCUUAACAAGCUGGAGUAUACGUAGGUAAAGAAGGGUAAUAAUAGGGGAUUUUAAAAAAAAAGACGAAUAAUAACUAUUUUACUAAUACAAACUAAUUAUUCAAUACCUAAAACUAGCUCACCUUCAUUGCUGAUAAAACAAAAUCUGUAGAAUUAAAUGAAAAUAAUAUCUAACAAGAUGAAAAAAACAACCUUAAUAAUUCCAGUAGUAAAAUUAAUAAAAUUUUACUUCCAGACAGAAGUGAAAUCACAAACAAAAUAAAUGGUGCUGAAAUAAAUCAAUUUGUAGCUUCAGACAACAAAAAAGUAAAUUUUUAGACAUUAUCCUAAUAGCCAGCUUCUUCAAAAGUAAGAAGUAGGAAAGUGGGAAGCAGUAGCUUAAAUAAUGAGGUUAUCAGUGGUAAAGAAAUUUCAAUUCUAGAUAAAAAAGCUCUCACAAAAAUAACAAAAGUAAACACUGAAAGAAACAGUAUUAUUUAACCUGAGAGAAGUAUGGAUGAUCAUUAUAAUAAAUUGCCACGUUGCUAUGAGCAUUCAAAAAGAAUUAAAGAACUGUAUUGUGUAGAUGAUAAUUGUUAAGUGAAAAAUAAAUUUGGAUGUGUUCUCUGUUUUAGCUCUGUCAACGGAUCACCUCACAGUUUCCAUGAAUAUUACACAAUUUCCUCAGAAGAAGAUUUACAAGCUAAAAUAAAUAGAAAUAGAUAAGAUUUUAUUCAAUUUAUUUAAGAUAAGAUUCAAUUCAAGUGCCAAGAUAAGAAAUCUUAAUUUUAUAUGUAUUAAGAUUAAAUCACAGAAUCUUUAAUUAAUUAUGCUGAUUCUAUACAGGAUAGGCUAUUUAUAGGAUUUGAGGCAGAAGAAAUACAAAAAUUUUAGCUCCCUCUUUUGUAGGGAAGUAUUGAAAGAAAGAGUCCAGCAAAAAAAUCAAAGCGAAAUUCUAAAGAAAAUAGGGAAGAAUUCGAUGAAAAAGAAUUAUCAAUAAUCUUGUACAUAGACCUACUUGAGAAAUAAUUGAAUAAAAAAAUAGAAAAUUAGAAUAAAAUAUGGCUACAACAAAUCUAUCUUGGUGAAAAAAAUGAAGAAUUUUUAAAGGAAAAGAAAUGUAAAUUAAUUAUAGCUGGUAAAUGCUUUAGCAAUCUUAGUGAUCAAAUAUUAAAAUUAUACUUAACUAGUGAGCAGGUUAAUUAUGAUUUAUAAGAACUAGAAAACAACAAAUCAUAGCUGUAUUAUAUAAAUGAUGAAAAUAGUGAUGGUAUUUAUUAAUUAGAUGAUGAUAAAGUAAAAUAAGGAAGAGGAAUUUAAUUUUUUAAGAGUGGAGGUUUAUAUGAAGGGUAUUUUAAAAAUAAUUAAAAGCAUGGAAAAGGGAAACUAAUUACAUUUGAAGGAGAUGUUUACAUAGGAGAAUUUCAAAAAAACAUGAAAAGAGGAAGAGGUGUAUUAACCUACUCGAAUAAAGAUAUAUAUGAUGGAGAAUUUUAUUAAGACACAUGUCACGGAAUUGGAAAAAUGAGUUAUGCUAAAGACUAAGUUGUAUAUAUAGGUGGAUGGAAUAAAAAUUAAAGGCAUGGAAAAGGAUAAAUUUUUAAAGACAAUGAACUAAUAUUCUCAGGCGUAUAUAUAGGAGACAACCCUAAGGCUAAUAGUAAAGAAUGA